AUGGCUAAAGAAAGGAUGACUCAAGACAUGGAUGAAACGAAGAGAACUGGAGUGAAUGUUCGGGGAUACCAGAAACACUUCAGCUUGCUGGUAAAAACAGUGUACCUCCUACUUGGAGAUACUGUCUCAGCCAAAGACAUCAGUGAUAGCACAGAGUGUCUUGUGCAAUUUGUCGUUCAAGUUCAAUUCCUUUAUUCCAAAAAGGAAAUGACUUCGAAUGUGCAUUUAUUGCUGCACCUUGCAAAAAGUGCUAAAAUGCAAGGGCCACUUUGGGCAUAUUCUUGCUUUGUCUUUGAAGCAGGAUUAGGCAAAAUUGAGAAGCUGAUUACUUCCGCAAAGGGAGUGCCUCAUCAAGUAAUGAGUAGAGUACUUAUGGCCAGCAAAGUCUGUGCACUCAAGGCAGCUGCAAGUCAACAAAUUAAGCAUUUUUUGAGUUGUGAUUUGCCCACCGAAGAGUCGCUGGCCCUUUUGGGAAAACCAAUGGCUGUCAGUGUGUCUCUUUGUAGAAUAAUUGAGGCACAAGUCCCCCAGCAAAUCGUAGGCCCUGUUGAGGAAUAUGACAGGGUUCGCAUCUCUGGGCGCGUGUUCCACAGUGAACAAUAUCAAAGGCCUCAGAAAACUAACUGCACAGCUGUACCACUGGCAGAAAAUACACAUGAUAAGAUACAGCAUAUCGUGUCAGUGAGCUGCCAUGAGAGAAAGAGAACUUACUUUGUAUCUAAGCGCUAUGUUAGUUCUCUCUGUUUUGGAACAACACACAUUUCAUGUGUUCAGAAGUGGGCAGCUGAGAAGGUCAUAGAGGUUGACUGUAAGGCAACUCCAUGCCUUUGGAUUGAAUGUGAUGGAAGGCAGUUUUUUUGCAAUCUUGCUAAUCGUUUCCCAUAA